CCUGACCCUUUUUCUAGGCCCGUAUUGAGGAGCUGGAGGAGGAAAUUGAGGCUGAGCGUGCUGCCAGGGCCAAGGUUGAGAAGCAGAGGGCCGAUCUCUCCAGGGAACUUGAGGAGAUCAGCGAGAGACUGGAGGAGGCCGGAGGCGCCACUGCUGCUCAGAUUGAGAUGAACAAGAAGCGCGAGGCUGAGUUCCAGAAGCUGCGUCGUGAUCUUGAAGAGUCCACCCUGCAGCAUGAGGCCACAGCAGCCGCUCUGCGCAAGAAGCAGACCGACAGUGUGGCUGAGCUCGGGGGAGCAGAUCGACAACCUGCAGCGCGUCAAGCAGAAGCUGGAGAAGGAGAAGAGCGAGUACAAGAUGGAGAUUGAUGACCUCUCCAGCAACAUGGAGGCUGUCGCCAAGACUAAGGGCAAUCUGGAGAAGAUGUGCCGUACUCUUGAGGACCAGCUGAGCGAGCUCAAGACUAAGAAUGAUGAGAAUGCUCGUCAGGUCAACGACAUCAGCGGACAGAGGGCCAGACUCCUGACAGAAAAUGGUGAGUUUGGCCGCCAGCUGGAGGAGAAGGAAGCCCUGGUGUCUCAGCUGACCAGAGGCAAACAGGCCUUCACCCAGCAGGUGGAGGAGCUGAAGAGACUGAUUGAGGAGGAGGUCAAGGCUAAAAACGCACUGGCCCAUGGUGUCCAGUCUGCCCGCCAUGACUGUGAUCUCCUGAGAGAGCAGUUUGAGGAGGAGCAGGAGGCCAAGGCAGAGCUGCAGCGCGGCAUGUCCAAGGCCAACAGUGAGGUGGCUCAGUGGAGGACUAAGUAUGAAACUGAUGCCAUCCAACGCACAGAGGAGCUGGAGGAGGCCAAGAAGAAGCUGGCCCAGCGUCUGCAGGAGGCUGAGGAGACCAUUGAGGCGACCAACUCAAAGUGUGCCUCCCUGGAGAAGACCAAGCAGAGACUGCAGGGAGAGGUGGAGGACCUGAUGAUUGACGUUGAGGGAGCCAACGCCAUGGCCGCCAACCAAUAUUUGAAACUGGCAGACCAGUUGUAUAAGUGA